UGGAAGAAGCUUUUUGGGUAAUUGGUAUUAGUCUGUGAGAGGAGGGAGGCCUCAGGAAGGCCGACAAAAUAUCUCCUCUCUCACCAAAUCCAACCCUUCCGUCUAAAGCUUCACAAAUUUCAUCCGACUUUUUUCUACUACAUUUCCAUUCGACCCUUUCUGGGUUUCUCUUUUUUCUUUUCGAAUCUUCACGCACAUUCAAUUCCACGUUUACUUUUCACCCGAUUGUCGUCUUUCGAGGGACCACCGGCUGUUUUCUUCCUUCCUCUUCCCUUGCGGAUUUUGAAGCCUUCGAUUCUGAUAAGGAGGGAGGCUUCUUCUCAUGAACAGCGGAAUGAGGGAAGGGCAGCUUUGUUCGCACACUUUAAGGUCCCAUGGAGUCGCCAUUGCGAGGAUACACAUGCAUGAUUGGCUUAUAUUCUUACUGCUUGUGAUGAUUGAAGUUAUCCUAUAUUUAACCCAUCCGUUUUAUCGCUAUGUCGGGAAGGACAUGAUGAGUGAUCUCAAAUAUCCCUUCAAAGAUAAUACUGUUCCUGUCUGGGCCGUGCCUUUGUAUGCAAUGCUGUUGCCAAUAGCCGUUUUUCUGUUCGUGUAUUGGCGUAGAAGAGAUAUCUACGAUCUUCAUCAUGCCAUACUUGGUCUCUUUUACUCUGUUUUAAUAACAGCGGUCAUUACUGAUGCGAUAAAAAAUGCAGUGGGACGACCUCGACCAAACUUCUUUUGGCGUUGCUUUCCUGAUGGGAAAGAUGUGUAUGAUCAAUUAGGCAAUGUUAUAUGUCAUGGUGAUGUGAAUGUUAUCAAGGAAGGGCAUAAGAGCUUUCCAAGUGGCCAUACUUCAUGGUCUUUUGCUGGUCUUGGUUUCCUGUCGUUGUACUUAUCAGGAAAGAUACAAGUAUUCGACCAACGAGGUCACAUUGCAAAACUCUGCAUUGUUUUUCUUCCCCUGCUUUUUGCAUCUCUCGUUGGCGUUUCUCGAGUGGACGAUUACUGGCACCAUUGGCAGGAUGUGUUUGCUGGAGGUCUGCUCGGGCUUGUAGUAUCUACCUUCUGCUACUUGCAGUUUUUUCCUCCUCCAUACCAUUCUCAAGGUUGGGGACCGUAUGCAUACUUUAGAGUGUUGGAGACGCUUGCCAAUCCUCCCCCACCGACGAAUGGCAUGAAUGUUGUGCAGAAUGAACAGGACGUCGAAAGACAGGAGGUGAACGACCGAAACAACGAUAGAUUUCUAGGACUGUCCAUUGAUGCCAAUGCUCGUUCCACAAUGCAGGAAACUACAACUGAGGGGAAAUAAGUGGUUGCCUUUCUACGUUGCUUUGGAGGCUUUAAAUUGCUUUGCUACACAGUCCAUGGCACAGCAUUGCUUGUAUGUGUAUGUGUGUGGUUUAUAGGCUUUAAUUAUAUGAUGGGGUUCUUGUACAGCAGGUUUUUCUUUGGUUUCAUUUUAUGACAUGGAUCGUUGUUACCGUGUAAACAUCACAUUUUGGGAUUCUACAAACAAAUCUAUCUUUGUUUCUUUUCAA